AUGAUUCAACUGAUACAAGUAGUACUGAGCGUAUCAUCGCUCUUGUUGAGUCUGCUACUCCCUUCCAUUGAUGCCGCGAGUCAAUGUAGCUUUCAAAACUUUUGUCCCAAUGGUGUGACGAGGCCGAAUGCUCUCGUGGAGGCAGCAGGAAAUGGUCUCACCUGUCAAACCAUAUCAGUCGGAAUCAGCUUUGACAUGGUACCCCCAGAAGAAUGUUCUCAUUUGGUCUUUGCCGAAAUCUUUUGUUGUCCUCCAGAAGAAGAGUCGAAUUGCUUUUUGUGCGGAAAUUCCGACGACAAUCUAGGUUUGUACGAGGAUCGGAUAGUGGAGGGCGAAACCUGUGGAGAAAUCAAUCGCAAACUCCAGUUGAACCCCCGUGAAAAAUCGUGCAAUGCCUGGAAGGGUGUCUACUAUGACGACAUGAAAAGUGUCGACGUCAAAUCGUACUGCGGAUGUCCCGGAAUGCCGGCACCGAAUGAUUGUCAGUUGUGUGGUCGUGGUAUCCCAAACGAUGAAAUUAUGGAAUUGGUGGAUCCUGCUGCCCAAGUACCUGGUGCCGGCGAUGGGUACAGCAACAUGACCUGUUUGGAACUCUUGGAGUAUGCCUCCCAUGUGACAUCGUCCGAUACCUGUGGGACGCUGUCGACACCCGAGAUCCAAGCAGCCUGUUGCGCUGGAGCUAGUACGAGUAGCGGAGCAUCUAGUACUAGGAUGGCAGGUAGUACUACCAUCUUUGGUACCCCCUUUUUGUCAAUGGGAGCAGGAGGACUCCUUCUCCUGAUGUUGUUGGUUCGGUGA